AUGAAUAUGGAGAAUGGCGGCGGCGACGCUAAUUCCAAUGUGUCACCUACCAAACUCAUGGUCAACUAUAUACCCGAAUUAAUGACUAGAGAUAUGAUGUACGCAUUGUUUUCCGCGAUGGGAAAGAUUGAGAGUUGCAAACUAAUAGCUAACAGAGGCUACGGUUUUGUCGAAUAUGAAAAACACGAGGACGCAGAAAAGGCGAGAGCAGCGUUCAACGGACUCCUUAUGCAGGGAAAGACUUUAAAGGUUUCUUUUGCACUUCUUAACCCGGAGAACAAGGUCAGCCAUAAACCCGACACCGAAUCGAAUCUCUACAUAAGCAAUUUACCGCCCGACAUGACACUAGAGAGACUCAAUAGCCUGUUCAGUCAAUUUGGAAACAUAACCAAUAGCCGCGUUUCGCAAGGAAUUGGUUUCGUAUGUUUCGAGAAUCGCCAACAGGCGGAGGAUGCUAUACAACAUAUGAAUGGACAGACACCGAUUCCCGGCGCGGGUGCAAUAGUUGUUAAGUUUGCCAACAAGCCGAAUGCAAAUAAAAACGCGCCGAGGCCAAUGCAGAGGGUAGUAGGUGGCCCGACGAUUGCGUACAAUGGCGCUGCUGCCGUAUUUAAUGGUACCACACCAGCUUUCAACGGCACUAAUCUCAGUGCGGCGUUCGGUGCGCGCCCCGCUGCUUUUGCUCCAGGAUUUCCUCAGGCUUCACCGCCACCUUUAUUGCCAUCUCCCGGUAAGGCGCUGCCAUUCAUCAAUAAAGGCCAGCAGCGUUUCAACCCUAUGGCGGCAACGAAUCAUACGCCGCUUCCUCUCAUAGGUGCUCCUGCUAGUCCCGUUCCGCUUCUUGGAGCUCCACCGGCCCCCCAUCAGACCACAGUGUAUGUAUACAACAUUGGUGAGGACACUGAGGAGUUGGCGCUGUGGCAACUAUUUGGUCCUUAUGGUGCUAUUGAUUCAAUAAAAGUAAUCAAAGACCCUGAAACUAAGAAAAACAAAGGUUUUGCAUUUGUUAACAUGCGCGAGUAUGAUGAGGCCGCUAUGGCCAUCCAGGCAUUAAAUGGCUAUACGCUCAAUGGACAGGUUCUAUCGGUUAGCUUUAAGACUCAGAAGAGAAACAAUUAG